AUGUCAUCUGCCUGCUGUUCUAUCCCACCAGUUAUUGAUCAAACAAACUACAAACCAAAAGGAACAUAUGAGAAAGUUGGCCAUUUUGAAAAGGCUUACGUAACAGGUCCUUCUGAUGCUCACACGGUCCUUCUGGGCAUCUACGAUAUCUUUGGUUAUUUUAACCAAACUCUUCAAGGCGCCGAUAUUCUGGCUGAUAAGGGCUACCGUGUUGUUCUUCCUGAUUUCUUCCGAGGCAAACCAUUCCCACUCGAGAAAUUCCCACCAAGCAACGAUAAAGAUAAGAAAGAAUUGGGUGAUUUCUUUGCUACUAUCGCAUCCCCAUCAGCUCGUAUCCCAGAGUUGCUUAAUCUUUCAAACGAAUUACGCCAGAAGCACAGCAAAUUGGGACUUGUUGGAUAUUGUUGGGGUGCAGCUAUUGCUUUGAAUGCAUCUACUCAGGAUAUCAAACUAUUUGACGCUGUUGCUGUACUUCAUCCAGCUAUGCUUGAUGCCGGAGUAGUUGAAAAAGUGAAAACACCAAUUGGUUUCUUCCCAUCUAAAGAUGAAGACGGUGCAGAGGUUGACAAGGUCAUCAAAAUUCUAAGCUCCAAUGAAUUUAAAGAGAAGAACGCAUAUCAACAUUUCAAAUCCGAGAAGUCAAUUCACGGCUUCGCUGCAGCAAGAUCAAACCUCAAAGACGAAGAGGCUAAAGAAAUUUACAAGGAAGCAUACGAGCGUCUGACAGAUUUCUUCAAGAAGGCACUCUAA